CAUGAUGGAGCAGCCUGUGGUCAGGAGAAGGCGCUCUGGUCAUACCCAAACUGAGGACACAGGCACACAGCCAAGAAACUGGAUUCUACUGGUCUUCUUCUGCUUUGGACCUCUUUGCAUGAUAAAAGCUCUCAGCAUAUACUUCCACAUCUGCUGGGACGUGAAAUAUCAAAAUGCAACAGCAGAACGGCAAGUCCUUCAGAGCAAAAGAAUUAAACUGGAGGAAAGAUUACAGGAGCUAGAUAACUACACAUCUAAAGGUUGGGUGUAUUUCCAAGGCAGCGUGUACCUGGGCUCCACCACACGGAGCUGGCAGGAGAGCAGGAAGUACUGUCAGAAGAGAGGAGCAGAUCUCAUCAUCAUCAACAGUGACCAGGAGCAGAAAUUUGUACACUCGCUAUUUCCAAAUAACAGAUGGAUUGGACUGAGUGACCUGGAGGAGGAGGGGGUCUGGAAAUGGCUGGAUGGCUCACUGCUCAAUAUAAGCUUCUGGAGUGUCGGUGAGCCAAAUGAUGGAAUAGGAAAUGAAGACUGUGCUGAAAUUAUGUAUAGAGACAGGUUAUCAAACUGGAAUGACCUCAGCUGUGCUGAGGAACGUGAUUUCGUCUGUGAAAAAAAUAUUUUUGCUUAAACAGAAUAAUGAUGCACAUGCAUUUUGUUUGUUAUGAGACUGUAAAUCAAGACCAU